GGGAGCCCGCGGGAGGGAGAGGCGCUGAGAGCCCCGAGCCGGCACCAUGAACCGCUUCAAGGCGUCUCGGUUCCGGCACGCGGUGGCCAAGCCGGCCCGCAAGGAGGCCUGGAUCAGGGAUGUCCGAGCCGGCUCCACCAUCUCCUGUGGGAACCAUAUCAAGUCCAGCUGCCACUUGAUAGCGUUUAAUGCUGACUCGGCAGGCGUGUUGGGCAUUGUGCCGCUGGAGAGCUGGGAUGGAAGGAAGAGGGCUGUGUCCCAGCUGUGCUGCCAUUCAGACGUGGUGACGGACUUUGACUUUUCUCCAUUCGACGCGCUCCUGCUGGCGACAGGCUCCGCUGAUGAAACCGUGAAGGUGUGGCGCCUGUCUGAGAGCGGCCAGGACCUGCCCUCCUGCCCUGGAGUGACCCUGGGGCCGGCAGGGUGCCAGGUGGAGACACUCCAGUUCCACCCGACAGCAGAUGGCGUACUGGUGAGCGGAGCUGGGAGAACGGCAACGGUCUGGGAUGUGGCCCAGCAGAAACCCCUGACGGCACUGGAACCUCACGGUGACCUGAUCCAGAGUGUGUCCUGGAAACAAGAUGGCGCCCUCCUCGGCACCUCCUCUAAGGAUAAGAAGCUGCGGAUCUUUGACCCAAGGACCAAGCCAGCUGCAGCCCAGAGCAUCCAGGGUCACGAAAACAACAAGGAUUCCAGGCUGCUCUGGAUGAAUGCCAGCGAUUACGUCCUCUCCGUAGGAUUCAGCCAGAUGAGGGAGCGUGAGGUGAAGCUGUGGGACACACGGCGAUUCAGCAGCUCGCUCGUCUCCUUCGCACUGGACACCUCCUCAGGGGCAGCGAUCCCACUCUUGGACCCCGACACCGGGCUCUUGGUGGUGGCUGGAAAGGGUGAAAAUCUCUUCUACUGCUUUGAAGUGUGCCCCUCGCUGCCAGCCCUGACACAGGUGACCCAGUGUCUGACAGAGGGCAAGGCCAAGGGCGCCGCCCUGGUGCCAAAGCGGGCGCUGGACGUCAUGUCCUGCGAGGUGCUCAGAGUCCUGCAGCUGACGGACAGCUUCAUUGUUCCCAUCAGCUACACGGUGCCCCGCAAGUCCUUGCAGGAGUUCCACGAAGAUCUGUUCCCGGACUCCACUGGGCCCGUCCCUGCGGUGUCAGCGCAGGGCUGGUGGGCAGGAGACAACAAACAGGUGGAGAAGAUGAGCCUGAACCCUGCCCGCAGGCCCCGGGAGACCUUCACCUCCUGCCUGUGUCCCCCUGCCCGGUGUGAGGAGCCUGCACCACCCGCCGCCCAGCAGCCCGCCGCCCGCUCUGGGGACGUGGACAGGAGCGAGGGCAGCGGCCUCUCGUCUCCCCCCAGCUCCCUGAGCUCUCCCUCCAGCUCAGCCCCAUCUCUCUCCACCACCAGCCCCAGUCCCAGUCAGAAGUCCCUGCAGAGCAUUCUGGGGCCCAGCUCCAAGUUCCGUCACACCCUGGGUACGGUGCUGCCCCGCGGCACCCACAUCACCAACCUCAAGGGGCUGAACCUUACCACACCGGGAGAGAGCGACGGCGUCUGCGCCAACCGGCUGCGCGUCGCCGUCCCGCUGCUGUCAGCAGGCGGGCAGAUCGCCGUGCUGGAGCUCUCCAAGCCGGGCCGGCUCCCCGACACAUCUGUGCCCACCAUCGAGAAUGGGACACCGGUCGCAGACUUCUGCUGGGACCCCUUCGACCUGCAGCGCCUCGCAGUCGCGGGCGAUGAUGCCAAGAUCCGCCUGUGGCGAAUCCCCCCCGGAGGGCUGCAGGAGACGCUGCUGGAGCCUGAGGCCGUGCUCAGAGGUCACACGGAGAAGAUCUACUCCCUCAAAUUCCACCCCCUGGCUGCAGACAUACUGGCUUCCUCCUCCUACGACAUGAGCGUGCGGAUCUGGGACCUGCAGGCGGGCAGGGAGGAGCUGUGCCUGAGGGGGCACCGAGACCAGAUCUUCAGCCUGGCUUGGAGUCCGGAUGGCCGGAAGCUGGCCACAGUCAGCAAGGAUGGCAGAUUGCGGGUCUAUGCGCCCCGCCAGUCCCCGGAGCCCGAGCAGGAAGGCCCCGGCCCCGAGGGCGGGCGAGGUGCGCGGCUGGUCUGGGUCUGUGGUGGCCGCUACCUGCUGGUGUCUGGCUUCGACAGCCGCAGCGAGCGCCAGCUGUAUCUGUCUGACGCAGCGUCCCUGGCAGCCGGGCCCCUGGCGGUGGUGAGCAUCGACACGGCUCCCUCCACCCUCAUCCCCUUCUACGACCCAGACACCAGCGUGGUCUUCCUCACGGGCAAGGGUGACACGAGAGUCUUUGUCUACGAGCUGGUCUCCGAGGCACCCUUCUUCCUGGAGUGCAACAGCUUCGCCUCCAGCGACCCUCACAAGGGCUUCGUGUUCCUGCCCAAGACGGAAUGCGAUGUGCGAGAGGUGGAGUUUGCCAGGGCUCUGCGCUUGAGGCAGAGCUCCAUCGAGCCGGUUGCCUUCAGGGUCCCCCGAGUCAAGAAGGACUAUUUCCAGGACGACAUCUACCCAGCCACCGCAGUAUGCUGGGAGCCGGCCCUCCGUGCCGCGGCCUGGCGCGCAGGAACUGAUGGGCAGCAACGCACCAUCAGCCUGCAGCCCCGGGACAUGACGCCAGUGAGCGCGGCCCCACAGGAUGUGCCGACCCGGAAGUAUGUCCCAGCCUCGGUCUACCUGGAGGAGAAGUCUGAUGAGCAGAAGAAGGAGGAGCUGCUGAGCGCAAUGGUGGCCAAGUUGGGUAAACGGGACGACCCCCUGCCGCAGGAAUCCUUCGAAGGGGUGGAUGAAGCGGAAUGGGACUAGCCCUGGAAGGGCGACUCCUGUCUCCUGGGACCGCAAUCUCCUCCGUGCCAAUGAUGCUGGCUCCCUGCCUGGCCUUCGCAGCCCCCACGCUGAGGCCUUGCUUUUCGCUGGACUGUGCCCACACCCCAGGGCUUCGCCGCUCCCCAAUCCAGCCCCGAUCUCCCUGGAGGGGCUUAGGCCCAGCCCCGGCCCUUUCCCAAAGAGCCCGGGAAGCCAGCUCUGUGCCGGGCUCUGCCUUGUUACCUAAGGUCUAACGGACUGAGUGAGCCAGAUCCUGCCAGCUUUGCCAGGCUGCACCCUCCACUCCAUGUGGGA